AUGACUCAACCUUCAGCGACUCUGGUGACAGCGGCGUACGACCACAUCAUAAGGUUUUGGGAGACAAAGAGCGGACGGUGUUACCGCACUAUUCAAUAUCCAGAUUCAGUGAGUUUGACAACUCUCACUGUUCGUCUGUGUGGCCAAUUUUUUGUUUGUCCUAACAGUAACCGAUGCUGUCUUGUGUUUUGGGUUUGUGACUUGAUGAGAACCGCAUCCAUGGUGGUUAGUAUUGAGAUGGCCAUCUACUAAUAUGUUAGAACUUUCUGACGUCCGCAAGAUAUGAUAAGGAUUAUAAUCAAAGCUAUACCCAGGUUGCAUGGAAUUCUCCCAUAAGCUCAGUUGCAGUGAAAUUGCCUCUUUAGUUUCCUUUCUUAAUCUGCAGUUUCGGUCAGCUUCAGCAGUCGUUUCAAUGCGUUUGUUCUCUAGAGCGCAUGCCAUUCUUGUUUCUCUGUCAAUCGGUUUCGCUGUUUAUGGAGAGUCACUGGGACAUCUGGUUUCUUGGUCCUCUGUGGAACAUAUCAAAUGAAUUGAAUUACCAGUGAGGAAAAUGUGUUUUUCGUCUCUAAUUUUCUUUUUGAACUAAUAAAUGGGGAAGGGGGGUAGCUCUACAUCUUCCCUUUGUCCCUAGGUUAGUCUUCCCGACAAUAAUUGUAAGAGGAGACCUGUCGUUGGAGAUGUGCAUAUCUUCGAGAAGAGGGUGAUGAAAUAUGGUAGCGAGCUUUUUGUGUAGAUGGGAUGAUGGAAGGACAUAGGUGGAAUCAAAGCGUGAAUCUUUUAUCAGGCUUUUAUUUGGAUAUUUGGAUAUGCUACAACGCAUUGGCUUUUCUGAGGUGAAAUGACUCCUAUGAUUGAUUGUGUCUAUCUGGUGCUUUCGAUCAUCAUAUUUCUUCAUUGUCAGGCCAGGUGACCAAUUAUUCUAGCAAAUUAAAGUUUUCCAAAACCGUUAUUUCCUUAGUGUUGCAGCCUUUUGCCAACAGUGGGUUCUCUGAUAUGUUUCUUUACUUCUAGCAGUACCUUAUUUGAUGAACUAUCACAUUGAUUAUAGCAGCUUGAUUUAUCACCUCUUAGUUGAAACAAUAUGGGCACCCUUUUCGACCCCAGUUAGUUCUGAGAUUUUUACUUCUCCGUUUUGUGGUUUGUGAAUGGAGGGAAGCUUCUUCGUUAAAAGGUUGUUUUCAGGAAACUUCAAUCUAAUGAAAGUGAUGUGUUUCUACACUCUGCCAUUUAAAGACCUUCAGAGAAAUCUCUUUUGCAUCACCUGUAAAGGUUUUUUAGACAAACAGGAAAGCUAUUCUUCUUCUUUUGUAUGUCUUUAUCUAUUUUCAAUUUAUUUCUCAUUCCAUCUCCAAUGUCCUUAUGCGCAUAGAAUGCACCUUCAGGGACCAGGACUACCUGGAAUUUCGUAGAACUCCUAACGGAAGUGUGAAGAUUUUUAUGCGAUUGAACAUGUCGCAGUUAAUGCUACGAUUCGACCACAAGAUUUUGAAAUUUUGUUUUGCGUUUUUUCGUCCAUAGAAUAGUAAACGUCUUAAAUCUUGACUGGUUCUGCAUUAUGGAUACUCCCAAGUAGUGUUAAAAUGCUACAGAUGCUUACGAAUCUUCAAAUGACCCUGUUGAUGAUACAAACAUUGUUUGGGAAGCAAUGUAUUGAAUAAAGCUUUGUAAUCAAUGUCGUGUGUGACCAAGACUUUAACGAAGGUUUUUAUUUGUCCUGACCGAAUUCAUAAUCUGUCUAGAAGCUUGACCAUUAUUUUUUUGUCUUUUUCUGGUUAUUCGUUUAUACCUUGUUAAUCGAUUGGUCAAAAGCUUAUUUGUGUUGGACACCCUGGACACCGAAAGCAAUCCAGAUAUAGUAGAAUUAUGUUCAUUGAUCUCUUGGCCCUGAUUCACAUAUCUCAACUAGAUACUGUCCUUUAGUGUGGCAAGUGUUUUGACUAUUUAUCUUCUUUGCUUUGGCCUACUUAAGGUUUCAUUAUGUGUCCUGAAAUCUGUCACCAUUCCUGUGAUACUGACCAUAUUCAUCUGUGCAGCACAUUAAUAGACUUGAAAUAACCCCUGAUAGAAAAUACCUGGCUGCGGCUGGAAAUCCCCACAUUCGCCUUUUUGAUGUAAACUCUAGCAGAGCGGAGCCAGUAUGUUUUCUCAUUUAGAGCUUUCAUUCCUUUAAGACAGACAAGUGUCAAAUCUAUGCUCUAAACUCUUAUGCUUCAGCUCCCGUUCUGUGCCAGGUUUUCAGCUUUGAGUCCCACGCAGGCAAUGUCAUGGCAGUAGGGUUUGAAUCCAAUGGCAAUUGGAUGUAUUCGGGUUCUGAAGACGGUACAAUCAAAAUCUGGGAUUUAAGGUGGCGAAAUUACCUUGUUUUAAGCAUGUUCGCAAAUUAUUGUGUUUAAUGUCUCUUUGCAAGUUAGUGUAUCAAUCACUAUAUGUGCAUUGUGGAAUAUCCCCUCAGGUAUAUAAAAAAGGUGGCAAGUGCCUUUAAUUUUUGAACUUGAGAGUAGAGGGUGUAAAUGGUCUAGAAUUGGACGAAUACUGAAGAUUAGUUAUGAUGUUCUUUGUAGACUCUUGAGAUGGCGUUUUGCUUUGAUUGAACUUGUCUGUUAUCCUGCGGCUUAUAAAACCCACUGACUUAGUUGCAUAAAUGCACAUCCGUGUAUAUAUCCACUUGCAAAAACACACGAAAAUGAAUUUCUUUCGUACCCUUAUCUUACCUUGCAUACUUUGUGCCUUGGUGACCUUUUCACCGAUUGGUUUUAUUAGUCAUACGCCUAAUACAUCUGGGUUGCUGUACCUCUUUGUGCAUUCCAGGGCUCCUGGUUGCCAAAGGGAAUAUGAAAGCCGUGCAGCUGUAAACACUGUUGUUCUGCACCCAAAUGAGGUCAGCUUAAACUCCCCUUUACAGUUUCAAGCGGUUGUCUACGAAGCCUUAAGCCAGCUGCUUCUUAAUUGGACAAUAGUAUUGAGUUAGCUAUAAAUUAUGAUGUUCAUAUGCUGGACGAUUCUCGGAAUUGUUAUGGAAUAUUGUUUGGUCUUGUUCAGUUACUAUUAUUGUUUGGUAUUGCCUGCUUUUUCCAUUACUAUAAAAUCUCUUUUUCCUGCUCUUUUACUCAGUAUGGUUAUUCAUGUGUUCUUAUAUAAUUUUACAGAAGGAAAUUAUAUCUGGCGAUCAAAAUGGAAAUAUACGUGUGUGGGAUCUGACUGCCAAUUCUUGCAGCUGUGAGCUGGUAAGUAUCUGUACAUUACCCCCUGUUAGAAACUCAACUGACUUUGGACCGAGAGGGAACUCCGUAAAUAUUGGAUCCUUCCAUGCCCCCCGGUGCAGGUGCCAGAGGUAGACACUGCCAUACGAUCUUUAUCCAUGAUGUGGGAUGGCAGCUUGGUUGUUGCUGCAAACAAUAACGGAACAUGCUACGUCUGGAGGUUACUGAGGGGAACACAGGUCCCUGUCAGCCGCUUUCUUAUACUCUUGUCUCUGAGAAUAUCAUCGACAGUCUUGCUUGGCCCUGCAUGGAUGACGACGUGAUAAUAUUCUGCAGAUCAUGAGCUAUUUUGAACCACUGCACAAGUUGCAGGCACAUGGUGGCUACAUUCUAAAAUGCCUUCUUUCUCCUGAACUAUGUGAUCCCCAGAGGUGAAAAUUUCAUAUCCGAAAGUCAAAUGCUUCUGUUUUCGGGUUUCGUCCAGGGAAAAAAAAAACUAAAUUUGAAUGAUAUGCAGAAAUAUUUGUUUAUCUUGUACUUUUAAUGAAUGCUUCUCUAUUUUCCUGUACCUGUAUUGUUUGAAUGACUGUAAUCCUUGUAGGUAUCUGGCGACUGCAUCUGCUGAUUGCACUGUCAAAAUAUGGAAUGUUGAUGGUUUUGCCUUGGAGCGAACUUUAGUCGGUAAGCAAUCAUUUAUACGUGUAUAUAUAGAUAUGUUGAUAGACUUGUGCCUUGUGAUGAAGAGCUUCCUUGGCCUCUCUCUCUCUCUCUCUCUCUCAGGGCACCAGCGGUGGGUGUGGGACUGUGCUUUCACCGCCGAUGGCUCUGGUUUAAUAACGGGUAUGUCCAAAAUGCCUCCUUGGAGAAUCACUUGCUUCACCCGUCGCAUCAAUUCUCCUGGGUAACCUUUGUUCUUGGCGAAUGCUUAUAUUUCCUCCCCCUGAUUGGCAUCCAGCGUCCUCCGAUGCAACUGCGAGAAUGUGGAGUAUAGCAACGGGGGAACCCACCAAGGUGUUCCAAGGGCAGAAACCCACCAUCUGUUGCGCCUUAGGUGACGGGCCCUGA